AACAGCCUUGACUCCCUGCUGUCGUUUCCCGUGGGCUCAGCGUGGCGUUCCUGCGCACUUGUGGUGAGCAUGAAGCCCGCCGGAGCCCAGCUACGAGCCCAGCUUCUGAGGGUGGCGACCAGGAUGAGGAAGGACUUGGGACUCCAACGUGAGGAGCUGGACACAGCUGGGGAGUCUGCUGGCGCCCGGUCGACCAGCGGCUCUCAGGGAAUGCUGACUCAGCCCAGCGCACGUCUCCGUGACCCAGGGGUGCCCGGGCCAGCAGAAGCCGCCCGCCUUCACGCCUCUCCUGCCCCCUCGCCCCGCCUGGGAAGAGCCCCACCGCUGGCGCAGAGCCUGUGUCCUCGGCCUUCUGAGAAGGAGACCCUGGCUCCAGCACCCCACGGACAGGACUUCCGACAGCCUCCUGGGCCCCCAGCCCUGCCCCCGGCUCAGGCUCCCGCCGGCACCCAGUCUGCACUGGCCUCGGAGCUCUGGCCCCGGUUCUGCAGUGCCCCCCACCCCCGGGGGGAGCCCCACGCCUGGCCACUCAGCCCAGGCGUUCAGAGGGGAGACGGCUUCUUCAGCUGCUCUGGUGGGCCGAUUCUGAAGGCAGAAUGCAAAUGGCCGCUGGUCGGCCCAGACCCAGGGCCCCGCAGGUCCCGGCUGUGCUGUGCUGUCUCACGGAGUCCUGACCAGAUCGAGUCCACCGCCCACCCCGCCCUCGUCUGUCUUGGGGUGGGCCCUGCUUCUCCCACCCCACCUGCCACGCCACCUUACCCACCUUGGGCCGCCCGUCCUGUGCUCAUCCUCAACCUGUGCCUCCCCAGCGCCUUCUCCGAGGUGCUGUCCCGAGUGCACAGAACCCUGUCCCUACUGGGCCUUCCUGGACCCGUGUGGCUGCGGCCAGGAGGGGUCCCCUCGUCCACCCGGACCCCCAGGCUCACAGCGGGCGUUUCCUGCAUCACUGACGGGAAGCCCCCGGCGGCGUUCUGUGUGCUGGGCGGGGAGGGGUCCGUGUCCCGCACCCUGGGUCGAGGGCAGUGUCCUCAGCAG